AUGACAGAAGGCCACAGUGCCCCUCCAGCUGAUGCUCCGGCAGCAGCAGCAGCAGCGGACAAUGGUGCUGCACCAGUUCCCGCCGAUUCGCGCUCUCACGCCAACCAUAAUCAUCAUCACGCCAACCAUCAUCAUGAGAAGGAGCAGGACUCCAUUGGACGUGUGACUCCUCGGCCGACAUUCUUAGAACAUCUCGCUACCUCGAGAGACUCGCAGUUUCAACUUGAUCGACGGGAUUCGAGUGAACUAGAUCGAUACUUUCAUGGCCCCCGAAACAUGGAAAAGCACUCCAAAUGGCCCAUCAUGAUGCGUAUGCACGGUAGUGUCAUGCCGAAAAUGAUCAUGCCAAUUUUGGCUGUCGCUACUUGGUCGACUGCUGUUACUGUCUUUUCGUGGAAGGUCCAUAACCUUGGUAUCAACAACAUCCUGCUCACCGUGCUGGGUUUCGUGGUGGGUUUGGCUUUGUCAUUCCGCAGCUCAACUGCAUAUGAAAGAUGGGCAGACGGGCGCAAAUACUGGGCCCAGCUCAUUCAGACAUCUCGCAACCUCUCGCGUACAAUUUGGAUUAAUACCAACGAGAGAGAAGGCGAAGAGGGAAAAGAAGAUAUCUUGAGAAAACUCUCUGCGUUGAACCUCAUUCUCGCCUUCGCCGUCGCCCUCAAGCACAAGCUCCGCUUCGAACCCGAUAUCGCCUACGAAGAUCUGGCUGGCUUGGCUGGACACCUCGACACUUUUGCCCGAGAUGCCCACGACCGCGCCGUUGUCAACCCUCCUCCUAAAUCAAUUUGGAAGGCUACCGGAGAGUACCUCGGCGUCUCCUUCGCCGAGUCAAACCCUCGGAAGUACGUCAAGCGGUCCAAGAAGCCUCUUGGACAUUUGCCCCUGGAGAUCCUUAACCAUCUGUCCGCAUAUAUCGACUCAAUUGUAGCCAACGGUACUCUGGUUUCAACUCUGCACCAAGGACAAGCUAUCACCAUGUUGUCCACCUUGAAUGAGGUUUUGACCGGCACAGAACGUGUCCUGGACACCCCCCUGCCUACCGCAUACAGCAUUGCCAUUGCCCAGAUUUCAUGGAUCUACAUCCUGGUACUUCCAUUCCAGCUCUACAACGUCUUGGACUGGAUCACCAUCCCAGCAUCAAUUGUGGCUGCCUACAUCAUCCUCGGCUUGGCUACAAUCGGUAGUGAAAUUGAGAACCCAUUCGGUCACGACGUUAACGAUCUCCCGCUGGAUACCUACUGCCGACAAAUCGCCGUGGAAAUGGAUAUCAUGACUGCCGUCCCCCGACCAAAGGUUGAGGACUUCAUGGCGCGCGCUGAAAACCUCGUUCUAUUCCCUCUUAGCCAGUUGGGUUACCCUGAAUGGAAAGAUCGGACCGUCGAGGAUAUUCGUGGUGCUCUUAGAACCAAGGUGGUUGUCAGUCCCUCGGCUUCGGAGUCAGAUACAUCUACAAUUGUGGAAAAUAUCCGCCCCAAGACCACCGAAUCAUCGGUCUAA